GUUACAUUUUACUCAACAAAAAUUUACCAACCGAUGCAAUAUAAAUAUGACCAAGUGAACUGUGAAGUUCAUUACCAGAGUUCCUCACUUCACUAAUAAUAAUUGAGAUGGCAGACAAUUGUAAUUUCGUGAGUAUUCUGGGAGUAUUACUGAUAUUAACCAUGUUCGACAAUCCGAUCAUCGUCUACGCCGGCGAGGGUGUUCCCAACGUAGCGUUGUUCACGUUCGGAGACUCCUACUACGACGUCGGAAACAAAGUGUUACUCAGCAAGGACAAAAAUCCUGCCCAAACCAAAUGGCCUUACGGCAAAUCCCGUGACGACCCUAACGGCAAGUUUUCCGAUGGCCACAUCGUCCCUGACUUUAUCGCUGAUUUCAUGUCUAUUCCGAACGGAGUCCCACCGGCGCUUAAACCGGACGCUAAUGUUACACGUGGAGUUAGUUAUGCUGUCACCGAUGCUUCUAUUCUUGGGAGUCCGGCGGAAUCUAUGACACUGAGUCAACAAGUGACUACAUUCGAAAGUAUGAAAUCAAAUUGGACCACUGGUUACAUCAAAAAGUCAUUGUUUAUGAUAUACAUUGGCACGGAAGAUUAUUUGAACUACAUCCAGAAACAUCCCGAUGCAGACGCUACUAAGCAGCAAGCUUUUGUCACUUCCGUCACUAGCCAAUUAAAGACUGACAUUAGAUCGCUGACCAAUUUGGGGGCGAGGAAAUUUGUGGUUCAAUUGCUAGCACCAUUAGGCUGCUUACCGAUCGUGAGGCAAGACUACAAGACCGGCAACGACUGUUACGAACUACUCAACGAUUUGGCCAAACAACACAACGAAAAGAUCGGUCCGAUGCUAAACGACUUUGCUAAUUCCCCCGACAUUGACGGUUUUCAGUUCGCUGUCUUCGAUUUCUACGACGCUAUUCUUCGUAGAACACAGAGAAAUCUCAACUACCGAUUCUACGUAUCAAACUCAUCGUGUUGCGGUGUUGGGACACAUAAUGCAUACGAUUGCGGAAAAGGAAACGUCCACUCAAAGCUGUGUGACUAUCAGCGAGCUUACCUCUUCUUCGACGGACGUCACAACUCAGAGAAAGCGCAGGAAGAAAUCGCCCAUCUUCUCUACUCAGCCAACCUUAACGUGAUCCAACCUAUGAAUAUACGUGAGCUCAUCGUCUACCCAACCGGAGAGAAGAUGCGUGAGUUUUGGGAACCUAACACGUUUUCGGCCCGUCGUCGUCUCCCCUCUCAGGACUCCUACGCCGGUUACUCUGCCUAAUAAACGGAUCACUUUGAGCAGAAUCGUUCAGAGAUACAUAUACGAGCUACUAUCGUAUAAAGUAUCGAUAUCGUUACGUCCUAAUUCUGCUUAUGCCGUCGAAUAAAUUGCUUUUAAAAUGUCGUAAUCUAUGGAAAUUAAAAUAAUGAGAUAUUGCAAUCUCUUCUCUAGUACUAAAUUGAAACUCGAGUUUCCUUUCUUCUGAAGCACUUUCGAUAUCCAAUUAUUGCUCUCCAUCUGGUACUUAAUUUAAAACAAGUCAGAGUUUCACGUGUAUCUCAAUCUAAGUUAGGUAUAUAGACGAUUGUGAUUCCUUUUGUUACAAG